CAGCCAACUCUAUAAUGGCCUUGAAGCGCAAAAGUCACGUGAUCAAGAUGGUCGAUGUAUUUUUGUGGUAGUGUGUGGUUGUGAACUCGUGGUCGUGGAUUUUUUGGAUGUAUAUUUUGCUAUUAAGUGAUUUUAAAUCACUUAUGCUAAGAUUAAAAACUAUCGAAAUCGACACCGCUUGUGAAGUGAUGAAUUAUCAUCUGCUGAGUCUAACCCCCAUUGACAGAAAUUUACUUAUCAAACCAGUGAGAGCCUUGCAUGAGAAAUGGUUUGAAAUAACAGCUGUAAAAGACGCCAGACUGCAAGAAGUACGAAACUACUUGAAAUUCUUUGAAGAAUUUUCAGUGAACCUUGUAAAGACUCUUAUGCAUUCAGUAGAUGCAAACGGAAAUAAUGUCCUACAUUAUGUUUAUGGCAACAGCAGAUUUGACUUAGCUGAAGAAUUACUGAGAAGCGGCCAUGCAACGAAUCUGCUGAACAAACUCAACAAAUCAGGAAACUCUCCUCUGAUGAUAUGUGCGACUUCAAAACCCAAGACAGAAAGUGAUUGGUUCGUUAUUCAGAAGACCAUACAGCUUGGCGACGUUAACGCAAGUUCACCAUUUAACAAUCAGACUCCGCUGAUGCAUGCUGCCUCAUGGGGCUCACAUGGAAUGGUUCGCCUUCUGCUGGACGCAGGAGCUGACCCCAAUUUCCAAGAUAAAGACGGAUCAACUGCUCUCAUGUAUGCUGCAGCCCAUGGACAUAUAGUUUGUGCUAGAAUGUUACUUGAGCACCCAAACUGUGAUCCAUCAAUAAAAGACUGCGUAAGAGAAACAUUUUUAUUACUAUAUAAAAUGUUAUAAGUUGAAUAUGA